GAUGAUGCGGCCGUGUCGUUGGAGACUGCAACCUUUCUUUUCCUCUCUUGUUUGACUUUGCUUUCCUGCACUUGUCAGUGAACACGGCAUUCGCGUUCCUUGCCUCGUCACCGCAGCACACACAAUAUACCAUCGCGAAGAGUUGCCGUCGGUCGUCAGCACAGUGUACGCGUUCGUUCACCGUUUCUUUCCAAACCGAAAAUGGAGUAAAACAAAGAUGGAGGAAACGUUUUUUCGCAUCGACACAAAACUGACAUUUUUCGGUGAUUCUGUGAUAGACAUUACGAACUAGAUCGAGAUAUUACAAUUUAUCUACGAUUGUACUAUUUAAUUCAGCUUUUACCGGACUGAAUUGUGAUUUUGUGAGAAAUUCAAGUGUUUUUAAUGUGUGAUACCGACACGGGACGAUUGUUAAUUGCACAUAAAAGAGAGUGUACAAAUCAGCAAUGCAAUUAAAUGUAAACAGUUUUCCCAUGUAAAUUACACAAGCAAUGUGAAAAUCUUCGAGUGUCAAUUGAUUGCAGCUGAGAAAUGUGAUAGAUUACGGCUGAAAAGUUAGAAAAUAUGUUGUGCCUCUUUGGUUUUGAUUGUGCCUUGCCCCGUCGAUGGUAGCGAGCGGUGCAAAAAGCAAGUGAAAAAGCAGUCCCCCAUAUAAGAAAUAACUGUAAGGGCAGGUUUGGCUCGAUCUCUUUCUCACAACAGUAUUGACCGGUGCCAGUAGCAGUAGUGGAAUGAAUCAAUUUGUUCUAAACAAACCGUGAGAGUAUUAUGGGCGGCUGGAUGUCACUGAGGUGUAACGUAUAUGACAAUAAAACUUCAAUUAGUCAUUCGAAAAGAGGCCAAGCAUUCCUGUGGAGUUGUUAGUGGACUCGAGGAAAUUACUCAGCGUUGCAGAUUACUCGCCCUGCCAAUGUUGGCCGAUGAAAGUGUGGAUGGGCGAUUUUGAACAAUGGAAACUGAAUCGGUAAAGUCAGAACCGAGCAGUAAAACAACGAGACGUUCAAGAGGACAUACCGGUGGUAAUAAUAGCAGCACCCUAGGAUCGCACAGGGAUCGCACGAGGCAUUCUCAUAGAAAUAAUCACUCUCGUAACAAACGACCAGAUAUGGCACCAUUCCAGACUAGUGUGAACAUUGGCGAUGACACUCGCGAUGGUCAAGAAGUGAUAGAGGUACAAAUAUUGCCUCAGGAUGAAACAUGGGGUGAAAAUACAACGGCAAUCACGGGGAACACAUCUGAACAAAGUAUAUCUAUGGAAGAUGUUAGUUAUUGGCAGAUGUCCGAUGAUACUGGCAUAGGAUUUGCUUGUCAACGAUAUCUGGAGCGCGCCCUAUCAGUGUUGCUGAGCGCCGUAGCAUUCGUGAGUCCAUUAGUGAUGGCAGUUCUACCAAAGCUGGGAUUUUUCCCUUCAGCAUUUGACAACCUAGAUCUGACGCAGAACGAUAGGUUACAGCUGCUGGCGUGUAAUGCAGAAUGCAAAGGAAUGCUUGUCUCAUUAGCCGCAAGAAUGCUACUUCUGGCGAUAGGUCUGUGGGCGGUUUUUAUGCGAAAACCUGUUGCCAUCAUGCCCAGGAUAUUCUUCUUCCGAGCAUCUGUGCUGCUGCUGGUGCUGAUAACCACAUUCGCAUACUGGUUAUUUUAUAUAGUGCAAGUGACUGAAGGUACCAAGGCGAUCGUAUCCGGUUCGGAGGCUGUCGAUUAUAAAACUUUAGUGUCCUACGCUACCAAUUUCACCGACACACUUCUGUUCGUGCAUUACGUAGCUGUUAUUUUACUGGAGAUUCGUCAUCUGCAGCCCAUAUACUAUAUCAAGGUGAUUCGAAGUCCUGACGGUGAAUCGCACAGCUACAGUAUAGGUCAACUCAGCAUACAGCGAACAGCAGUUUGGGUAUUACAGCGAUACUACACAGAAUUCAGUGUCUAUAAUCCAUAUCUUGAGCGAUUGCCAGUAUCCAAAUCACAGCGUAAAGCUUUGUCGUCUUUCAAGUACUACGAUGUUGAUGGUGCUAAUCCUUCUCAACAACAAAGCCAAUCACGAGCUGUCUUAGCUGCGCAUGCUCGUAGACGAGAUUCUUCUCACAAUGAACGUUUCUACGAAGAACAUGAAUACGACCGACGUGUCAAGAAACGAAGAGCCCGUCUUGUUACAGCAGCUGAAGAAGCUUUCACCCAUAUAAAACGACUGCAGAAUGAUCAGCCCCAGCCCCAGGCUCCAGUCAUCCCUCUUGAUCCCCAAGAAGCUGCUCAAGCCAUAUUCCCAUCCAUGGCGCGAGCCCUGCAAAAAUACCUUCGAGUUACACGUCAGCAACCUCGUCACACCAUUGAAUCAAUCCUGAAACACCUAGCACAUUGUCUAAAGAAUGACAUGUCACCUAGGGCGUUUCUGGAGCCUUACCUCGUAGAAGCUCCAGUACUUCAAAAUGACAAGGAACGUCGAACAAAUCACAACUGGGCUCUGAUUUGCGAUGAACUACUGUCGCGACCCAUUAUGGACGGGUGUACAUUCCAGCUGAUCCAGAACGACGUUUCGUUAACGGUUUCGAUCAAUAAGAUUCCUCAUUUCACUAUCAGCGAAGAGGUCAUCGAUCCAAAAUCCAACAAGUUUGUCCUGAAGCUCAACUCGGAAACCAGUGUGUGACCUCCUCGUAGAGGAUACAACAGUGUGGGAAAUGCAGCAGAUCUCAGCGAUCGCACGGAGAUUUUGAAGCAUUUGAAUCUCAUCCUGGCCGGGAAGAAGCGCAACCGGAAGGUUCAGGAUCGGUUGGUCUGAAGUGGUUAUGGAAGGGGAAGUGAGCAAUUAUCAAGUGCUAGAGUGCCUCCGAGGGUGGGAUUUUUCGGCAGGUUUAGAGUUUUUAUGUGUUAUGAAUGCAGUCGUGACGAAGCGACGAACCGGCGGCGGAGGGUCGUCAUCAAAGAAGGCAACCGUUGUAGGAAGUGUGUAAUUAUAGUCUAGCGUCUAAGACCUUUCGGUUGUGUGUAAUUACGUUGAAAAAGAGUGCCCGUAUCGUGCGGCUGUACCCAUGUGCUCUAAUAGUCAAAGCGAAUGACAGCGAAAAAGUCACAGACGAAAUAUCAAAUGUUAAUGCUCGUUCGUAUUCGGAGCACGUUCGACAGCGAAAAGUGCGACUACAUCGCCCGAGCCGCUUCCAAGAAAAUCGCUUCAUUAACCAUUCUUCGGAGGACCCGUAGGUAAAACAGAAUAGCAGAAAAAAAUGUCUUGUACCACACGACUCAAGAACACAAGCAAACAUAAUAACAAAUUAUUAAUUUAAAUCAUAAUACGCUUCUGGGGAUUUGCAUAUCAUUACGAAAUCA